AUGCCGGAGCCCGUUCCAUCGAUACACGCCAUCGCCUAUGAAGAGACCGCCCCAGCAACCGCCUCUAAUUCGAUCAAGCCUAUAUCCUCCUCAGAAAACACUGCGGCAAGUUCGAACGAUGACAAGACGCAGCGUGAAACAGACGAUCCAACCUUAGACCAGAGUAACAACUCGACGCGUGCGCCAAAUGGCAAUGGAUUGACUAAUGACGAACAGUCGCAGUCAGUACAAAAUAGCCUGGCAAUUCCCGGCUUUGCCGAAGACCAGAGUCUCACACCAUUCACGAAUAUACCAAGUAUCAAGGUAGAUGAUGCGUCUUCCAGACCCAGCUCGCGAUGGUCUGAACGAAAGUGGGGUGUGCUCAAAUCUCGCAAAUCGACCGAAUCCGUGCGACCAAAGUCUGCGAACACGCCGAACAGCUCGGGCCAACCUUCCUUUGAAGGUAUUACCAUGAGUAUUCCUACCACCGACUUCCAAGAUCUGACUCCAAGCUCCAUGGAGUUUUCCAAACGGGGCAGCUUGGUCACAGCCAAACCCGCCACACCUGCUAUGUCCCUCCCGAGCAGUGAUCCCGGUCCCUCGUCCUCGCCACGUAAGCGAUUGUCGAAUUCUCUCCGUGUCAGACAGUCCGUACUCACAUCCCGAGCCGUUUCAGCGGACGAAGAUAUGCUAUCGCGUCGGGUCCGGUUGAUGUAUGAAAAGGGAGAAGACAACGUGACAGAUGCUGAUGUUACUCGAGCAAUCGCAGAGGAGAAUGGUAUCCUCUGGGAGGAGCAAACUCCUGUUGAAGGCCCUUCGGAUCAAUUAUUCGAGCUGAAUGGGUCUACCACGGACUUUAGGAGUAUCACUUCGGUGGGUGCAACCAACUCUAUAAAGCGGGAGUCAAAAGAGCUUGCGGGAGGAAUUGAGGACUGGCAGAAUGUCGAAGCUGCCGAUGUUGACAGGUAUGGUUUUAUUGUCCCGCAAAUCAAAAGAGGGGACUCUGCAGAACCUCAACCGAUCCAGCGCGUUUCAACCAGCCUGCUUCUUGCUUCGGAGUCACCGCGACGCAAGAAUACAUUCAGAAGAUCAGCCGCGACUGUAAGAAGUAGCAGCAGGUCGCUUGUUAGUAAAUCACCCACUCGUGACCGGAAGAUGUCCGACUCCUCCACCAAUCGGCCGAGUUCGUCGCAGAGCGCAUACAGCCCGACAUUGAAAAGAUCGCCAUCCAAGUUUCGCUAUGCGACAAAUCGAUUACCGCACAAUCGAGAUCGCCGAGUCAGAGAUGAAGCUGGUGAUAUGCUCACUUUACCGUUCGAAGUCCCCGAAGUCGCCGCCGAAGAUACCCCCGUAUCAAUGGCUAUGAAGAAGAAGGAAUGGGAACGAGAGGACAAGUGGAUGAAAAUGGCGAAACCGACAAAGAAGAAACAUGAUGGAAGCGGGAUGACAUUCGAGUUUGAUACCAGCAGCUCAAAGCUCAUUGAGCGGACAUGGAAAGGAAUUCCUGAUAGCUGGAGAGCUACGGCAUGGUAUGCAUUUCUGGAGUCCAGUGCCAGAAAACAUGAGGGUAGCCCGUCGGCUGCAGAGCUGAUCAGUGCUUUCCAUGAAUAUCAGAAUGUGUCUUCUCCCGAUGAUGUGCAGAUUGAUAUUGAUGUCCCGCGCACGAUAAGCAGUCACAUAAUGUUCCGUCGGCGUUAUCGCGGUGGACAGAGGCUUUUAUUUCGAGUUCUGCAUGCCAUGUCUCUUUAUUUUCCCGAUACUGGGUACGUGCAGGGCAUGGCAGCACUCACGGCAACGCUCUUAGCAUAUUACGACGAAGAAAAUGCAUUUGUUAUGCUUGCUCGUCUUUGGAUGCUACGAGGGCUGCAGCAUCUUUAUAGAGAAGGAUUCUCUGGUCUGAUGGAAGCACUAGGUGAUUUUGAGAAGGAGUGGUUGGGUAAUGGCGAAGUUGCCGGCAAAUUGAGUGAGUUGGGUAUUCCUCCUACAUCUUAUGGCACCAGGUGGUACUUGACACUCUUCAACUAUUCGAUCCCUUUCCCUGCACAACUACGCGUUUGGGAUGUAUUCAUGCUUCUUGGGGAUGCCGAACAACCUUCAUCAAAAGCCAGCUCAAACGGCACCCAUGUAUCCAAUACUAGGCCAGACCAGCCGGUUAGCUCCUUUGGCCAAGGUCUGAACGUUCUACAUGCGACAUCGGCGGCCUUGAUCGAUGGGAUGCGGGACAUCGUGCUAGAGUCUGAUUUUGAGAAUGCCAUGAAAGUGCUCACCAGCUGGGUGCCAAUUAAAGACAUUGAACUUUUCAUGCGAGUUGCUAGGGCCGAGUACAAGGUCCACCACCAUCGCAAAAAAAACGGAUAG